GGCGGCGGGGCCGGAGGCGGGACCGGCGGGGCGGGGCGCCGGACGUUUCCGUUGCCUGGAGCUGAGCAGCGGUCCGAGCCCCGCUGGCAUCCCUGACGCCGCGCCGCCGCCCGCUCUCCGCUCUCCGGAGGCUCCGGUUCCUCUUCCGCCCACGACCCUUCGUCUUCGUCUCUGCUCCGGACCCGAGCGGUCGCCAUGGCGCAGGCUCUCAGAGGCACCGUGACAGACUUCCCCGGCUUUGACGAGCGGGCGGAUGCGGAAGCCCUCCGGAAUGCUAUGAAGGGCCUGGGCACCGAUGAGGAGACCAUCCUGACCCUGCUGACCGCCCGCAGCAAUGCACAGCGCCAGGAGAUCGUGUCCGCCUUCAAGACACUGUACGGCCGGGACCUCCUGGACGACCUGAAGUCGGAGCUGACGGGGAAGUUCGAGAAGCUGAUUGUGGCGCUGAUGAAGCCCUCGAGGCUGUACGACGCCUACGAGCUGAAGCACGCCCUCAAGGGAGCGGGGACGGAUGAGAAAGUCCUGACGGAAAUCAUUGCUUCCCGGACCCCCGAGGAGCUCACAGCCAUAAAGAACACCUACGAAGAAGAAUACGGCUCGAGCCUGGAAGACGACGUGGUGGGGGACACUUCGGGGUUCUACCAGAGGAUGCUGGUGGUUCUCCUCCAGGCUAACCGAGACCCUGACGGCGGGAUCAACGAGGCGCAGGUUGAACUGGAUGCGCAGACACUGUUCCAGGCGGGAGAGCUGAAGUGGGGCACGGACGAGGAGAAGUUCAUCACCAUCUUCGGGACGCGGAGCGUGUCGCACCUGCGGCGGGUGUUCGACAAGUACAUGACCAUCUCGGGAUUCCAGAUCGAGGAAACCAUUGAUCGGGAGACUUCUGGAAACCUGGAGCAGCUGCUGCUGGCUGUCGUGAAGUGCAUCCGGAGCAUCCCUGCCUACCUGGCCGAGACCCUCUACUACGCGAUGAAGGGCGCCGGCACCGACGACCACACCCUCGUCCGGGUCAUCGUGUCCCGGAGCGAGGUCGACCUGUUCAACAUCAGGAAGGAGUUCCGGAAGAACUUCGCCACCUCGCUCUACUCCAUGAUCAAGGGCGACACGUCCGGGGACUACAAGAAAGCCCUCCUGCUGCUCUGUGGGGGCGAAGACGACUGAGGCCCGGAGGACCCGCCCGCCCGCCCCCCUCAGCACUGCUCCCUCCGCAGCCCGAGCCGCACGCUGCCUUACCCUGCCCGAGGCCAUGCCCCACGUGGCGCAGACGCAGGCACGAAUUCUGCUCUCCCGUCCUCCUAACUCGCCCUCAAGCCCCUUCCCCGCUCAGACAAAGCUGCCUCCCUCCCGAGUGCCCUGGACGAGGUCAGACGGCCCCUCGGGCGGCUGUGGGUGUCAGCACUCACGGUGCGGCGACCUGGGAGGCUCGUCGGCCGCUGGGCCACCCAGUGACCCCUGGAAGCCAUGUGGUUCCCUCAAAGGGUUAUCGAAUAAACAUUUCUUUCCC